CCUGCAGCAUCCCGCAUCCUCACGGUGCCCCUGCCUAUGUCCCGGUUUGGAUGUCUCCAGAGCAGGACAAUCAAUGCAGGGAGUAUUUGGACUCGAGACUGGGAUUGGCCCCACAAGAGGUUAACCUACAAAUAUGUAUGUGAGAGGAACUAUUCAUCCUGUUAGAGGAGGAAAAUCAGCCACUGCCUCUCCAGUAUUGGGCUCGUUGGCUUCCAACAGCCCUUGUGAAAUAGCAGUGGGUGUUUGCUGAGCUGUUCUCUGCUCACAUUCAGCCCAUGCUGGACAUCAGGGACCAAGCAGCAAACACAGCUGUGCGAGGUCCUUGUCCUCUGCUGAAACCGCUGCUGGGAGAGCUGGCAGGCUGAACCCGGAGUGGGAACUGGGGCAGAAAACAGGAUGAUAUUGGGGUUGGGAAUGAAAACCUGGAGAGCGUGGUGGGGCAGUGCUGUCCGCUGGGACAGGCUGGCAGCGCAUGAGGGCACGGCCCUUUUUAUCUCUAUGAGAAUCCAGGGAAACUGUGCAACAAGCCGCCUCUGGAACACAAAGGAAAAACACUAUGGAGAUAAGAGCAGCACAUAAGCAUAGGCUGGCUUCCUCCCCUUUUGCAGUUAAGGGGAUGGAUGCAGGUUGAAAGGAAGGGCCGUGCUGGGACGACACAGUGCUUCCCAAGCCUGGAACACAAUCAAAGGCCCCAGAGGACACUUCCAACCAAGGGGAGUUUGCAUCAGUACAGAAGCCAAAGUGGAGUGAGGCUGUGGUGCGGUGCUGGGAUGUGGGGCUGUGCAUGGAACAGAGCAACAGGAAUGCUAUGUGCUCCACAGCGACCUGCUGGGCAAUGAGGGAGGGGUCUGGAAGAUGCAGCUGCACAGCUUCAGGACAUGCAGCACUCUCCUUGUUGCUGGCGUCGUGCCUUGGGAUUGGAUCCCUGGGGAAAACGAUUGGCUCUGCCUCUGGAUUCAGGCAGUGUCACACGCUCCACAGCAAUGUGGAUUGGCACCAAGUGCAGCUGCGGGGCCAGGGGGACCACGGUGCAUGAUACGGAAAUAACUUCUCUUCCCUAGGGAAGCAGGGUUGUUGCUUCCAAGAAAAAGUGGAUGUUGUAACCCUCGGCACACAGCAGUGCUCCUGGCACAAUUCCAUGCACUCGGAGAUUAGCCUGCUUCCAUCCACUCUGGUUUAUCCUAAGGCAUCUGCAGUUUUGGAAGCUUUAGGAGCUAGAGAAAGGAUUGUAUCCCGUGUUAUCCUGGGUCAGGCCAGGUCAUGCGCUACCAAGUGCUGCUGUCACUGAUGCUGUCCAGCCAGACCAAGGACCAGGUGACGUGGGCUGCCAUGCUGCGCCUCCGGCAGCGCGGCCUCACCGUCGACAGCAUUUUGCAGAUGGAUGAUGCCACUCUUGGACAGAUCAUUUAUCCCGUGGGAUUCUGGAGGAACAAGGUGAAGUACAUAAAGCAGACGACAGCUAUCCUCAAGCAGAAGUACGGCGGAGACAUCCCAAGAACCGUGGAGGAGCUGGUGCAGCUGCCAGGAGUUGGGCCCAAGAUGGCUUACUUGGCCAUGAACAUUGCCUGGGACAGCGUGUCUGGGAUAGCUGUGGACACCCACGUGCACAGGAUCUCAAACAGGCUGAAGUGGGUGAAGAAGGAGACCAAAUACCCUGAGGAUACUCGGGUGGCACUGGAGGAAUGGCUGCCCAGGGAUCUCUGGAGGGAGAUAAACUGGCUCCUGGUGGGCUUUGGCCAGCAGACCUGCCUGCCUGUGAAUCCGCGCUGCACCGAGUGCCUCAAUCAAGACAUUUGCCCAGCUGCUAAGAGACACUGAGGGGUCAUCUGGUCUUUGGAGAGCAACAAAGCUGCUUCAGCUCAGCAGCAGCCCGGAGCUGAGCCCUGGCAAAGCUGUGCAUUGCACGGGGCUGGCUGUGUGACUGCAGGGAAACAGGAGCCUGCUGCAGCCAGCUCAGCAUCACUGGGGAGCGAGCAGCCGCUGGCAAGGGCUGAGCUCUCAGAGGAAAAAGGGGCUUUCAGAGUGCAGCAGUCCUGCUGGGUCAAUGCUAAAGGCUCCAGCCCGUGUGUGAAUGCCUGAGCAUGGCCCAGCUGCGCUGCAGCAGGAGGAGCUGUAGGGAAGAGCUUUGUCCUGGAGGACUUGCUGCUGCUGCUUGUAAAUACAUGUGUAAUAAAGGUGGCGGGGUGUUUCUA